CUUUCUCUUUUACCCACUUUCCCAAUGCCAUCCAACAGCGCCAGCAGCAGUAGUAGCAGUAGCGCUGACUAUGACAGCAUAGCAGAAGAGUAUCAUGACGGUGACGACAAUAAAAAGAAACAACAGUUGUCGGUCCCGGAUAUGCUGAUGAUGAUUACACGAGGAACAGAAGCUAUGGAACAGAUCAUGUCAGAUAUCAUAAAGCAUCAACAACGUCAGGACCAUGCAUUACAGCGAAUACAACAGGCCUUCGGAAUCAAACCUCUACCAUCGACCAACGGUGGUAGUAAGAGAGACUACAAUAACAGCAGCAACAUAGGCAACACCCUCGUUAAAAAGAAGAGAAAGACGACGACGACGACGCUGCCAACAUCCUUGGUCUCGCCGCAAUCAUCAUCAACAACUUUAGUGCAUCGCAAAACUUGUUUUCCACCGCAUGUAAGACAACAACAUAGCCUUCCAAAGCUCUUCAUCAGAAGACCGUGGCAUCCACAUAGUCGCUGCAUUUUUUUCUCUGAUGUCUUAGCAGCCAUUAAUAGCUUGGCAGAAGCAGCAGCAGCAUCGCCGCUGAGCAACAAUGAACAGCAAGAAUCAGGCCAAGAUCUGUUAAAGUUUGUGUACAAAAUUGCCGACAACGCAAUACUCAGACUAGCCCGAUGGGCAACGUUUGAAAGAGGAAAACUGUCAUGGACUCAUCAAGAUGAAACACAACGUAAUCGUGUCAUGCUAUGGUUCUUACAAACUGCCAAAGAACAUCGACCUGUCAGCAUCCCUCUUGAAUUGUGCGAAGAUAAUUGGAUUGCUCGCCACAUUUUAUAUGGGCGAUGGUAUACUUUCGCGUACAGAAAAAAGUUGAAUUGAUAAUGUAGCCAUAUAGCAAGUAUAUACUGUAUGCAGUUAUAUGUAGUCAAAUGUAUCGG